AUGGAUUCUACUAGUAAAAACUGGGUAUGGAUCCCCGAUCCCGACCAGCUAUUCGUCAAGGGAUAUGUCUCCGACUAUCUCGACAACAAUAAAUGCAAAGUCAUCAUUGAUCCAACCGCUGGUGGUGGUGGUGCUGCUGCAGCUGCCACCACCUCAGACAACCAUCGUAUUGUGGACCAAUCAACAUUGGAAAGCUGCAACCCGGACAAGUUCAAUAAAUGCAAUGACAUGGCCGAACUCACGCACUUGAACGAACCCAGUGUCGUUUACAACUUGUACUUGCGGUAUAUGGACGACUUGAUCUACACCUAUUCGGGAUUGUUCCUUGUCGCUAUCAACCCAUACAAGAACUUGCCCAUCUAUGACCGCGGACUGUUGAAACACCACCAUCAGAGCGAUAAACCACAACCUCACAUCUUCUCCAUUGCCGAGGCCGCAUAUAGGAACAUGCUAUCUAACAAGAAGAACCAGAGUAUCUUGGUCACCGGUGAGUCAGGUGCUGGUAAGACCGAAAACACAAAGAAAAUCAUCCAGUAUUUAUCGUUGGUUACUUCAAGCGAAGGCGAGGCAAGCGAUAUACAUAGUAAAAUCAUCCAGGCUAACCCCAUUUUGGAAAGUUUUGGGAAUGCCAAGACUAUCAAAAAUAACAACAGUUCUCGAUUUGGAAAGUUUAUCCAGAUUUACUUCAGCUCGAUUAAUGGAAAUAUAACCGGAGCUACUAUAGAAUACUACUUGUUAGAAAAAUCAAGAGUGGUUAACCAAGCAAGCAAUGAAAGAAACUACCACAUCUUUUAUCAAUUCUUGAAGGGUUAUGACAAUUUGGCUAGCUUAGGCUUAAACAAGGACAUCACCACUUACAACUACCUCAACAACCUGUCCAUUGACCAAGUCGACGACUUCAAAGAGUUUAACUUAUUACAACAAGCAUUCACCAUCAUGGGAUUCUCCGACGAAGAAACCCAAUUCAUAUACCAAGUGUUGGCUAUUAUCUUGCAUUUGGGUAACAUUGACUUCACCAGCUGGAAAUCUGACCAAGCAAACUUCACUCCUGAGUCUCCCCUCGCCAUGAUUUCCCAAUUAUUAGGAAUCAAAAAGGAAGAGCUCGUGGAAAACUUGUCCCGUCCUAAGGUCCAAGCUGGCCGUGAAUUCAUUGUCAAAUCUAAACGUCCUCUGGAAGUUAAAUUCAUCAUUGAUGCAUUCGCCAAGUAUUUGUACGAACGUCUUUUCCAAUUCAUAAUCGACAAAAUCAACACCGGUCUUCACACCACAAACCCACAAUACGACAAUAAUCAUAACCUCAUUGGAGUUCUUGAUAUUGCUGGGUUUGAAAUCUUUGAUGUGAACAGUUUUGAGCAAUUGUGCAUCAACUACACCAAUGAAAAACUUCAACAAUUUUUCAACCACCACUCCUUUAUCCUUGAACAAAGCGAAUACCUUCGUGAAGCUAUCGAAUGGGACUAUAUUGAUUUCGGCCAGGAUUUACAACCAACCAUAGAUCUUAUCGAGACGAAAACACCCAUGGGGAUCUUCAAGUUGCUUGAUGAAGAAUGCAUCAUGCCUAAAUCUUCCGAUGAAAGUUUUAUGGAGAAGCUUUCUCAAAAUUUCAACAAGUCCCAUCCUAAAUUCUCAGAAAACAAAUUCAAGAAUGGGUUUAUUGUCCAUCAUUAUGCUGGAAAAGUGGAAUAUAACGUUACCAACUGGUUGCAAAAGAACACCGACCCUGUUUCUGAAUCAAUUAUCAAACUCCUCCCACACUCUAGCAAUUCCUUCAUUGCCGCCAUGUUUGGCAGCGACCCACAUUUAGAAGUGGCCUCCAAGAGAAUCAGCAACUUCAAACUCAAAACUGCAUCCCAGAAACACAAAGAUCAACUUAAAACCCUCAUGGACCAACUUUCCAUCACAGAGCCCCAUUUUGUAAGAUGUAUUCUCCCCAACUUGAAGAAAUCGCCACAAAUGUUUGACAAACAGCUCGUGGUCAACCAAUUGCGAUGUAAUGGUGUGUUGGAAGGGAUAAGAAUCACACGGGCAGGAUACCCCAAUAAAAUGACAUUUGACGACUUCAAUGCACGCUAUGCCAUAUUGCAUGACUUAGAAUUACGCCAUGAACCGAGAGAAACCAGUGAGAUGAUAUUGAACCAUACCGGGCUAGACAAGCAAGUGUACAAAGUGGGGCUCACCAAGAUCUUCUUCAAAAAUGGGAUCCUUGCCAAGCUCGAAGAACUUCGUGAUUGUAAAUUAAAGGCGAUAUUUACCGACUUGCAAAAGAUCAUCAGGGGGAACGCCAAACGACGCAUGAUAAAACAUCAGAUCCGUCAGAUCCAAAGUGCCAAGAUUGUCGCCCAAACCAUGCAGAAAGUGGAGGAGGCCAAGAGUGGCAGUUACUGGAUGGAAUUAUUUUACCAUAUAAAACCGUUGCUUGAAGAGUCUGGCAAAGUGUUGGAUACCCGGGAAAUUCAAGAUAAUUUGAACAAAGUCACCGAACAGCUUAAAGAGACGGAAGGUACAAAACAAGGAUUGGAAAAGGAUAAUCAGAUCUUAAAGACACAAGUAAGUAAACUCGAAGAUGAGAUUAUUCUGACUGCUUCGGUAAUGAAUGAAAAGAAUGGUCAGCUCGACAAGUUGAAAUCAGAAGCAAUCAAAGCUAAGGCUACUAUCAAAGACUUGGAAGAAAAAGUAACCAGUAUGGCGCAUGUUAACAAGGAGAUUAUUGACGAGAAGGACAAGCUAAACACGAGAUUAUUUGAAUUGAGUGCAUCACACGAAGGAAAAAUCAAAGAACUUGAACUGUUGUCUAACUUACACACCCUGGCUAAGGACGAAUUAGGCAGGUUGAAACGGGAAUUGAAAUCAUUGGCCGAGUCCAAACUGAAGGAAUUGACUAAUCUUAAGCAAUCUCAUGAAAGUAAACUUUCUGAUUCUACAAGGGAAGUAGGUAGACUCAACCAACUCAUUGCAGAUCUCAAAAAGACACAUGAAACUGCAUCGAAACUGGAACACCAAGCUCUUGUGGAUGAAAUAACUACCUUGAAGUCAACUAUAUCCAAACUCAACCUGGAAAUCGCUACUUAUCAAUCAACUAUCAAAGAUUUGAACCUGAAGAUUGAAAAAAAUGAGUCUUACAAGACUAAAUAUGAUGCCAAGAUCGAUGAAGCUAAAGAAAAAGUCCACUUACUCAAAUCUAAAGUGGAAACCAAGACUCUGGAAAUUGCUCAACAGAAGCAACAAAUUGACCAACUUACCCGUGAAUUAGCCAGUAUCAAGGAUAAACUUGCCCUCCUGGAAAACAAACUCACCGAACUCAAUCAAGUCAAAGACGCCCAAUCCAAAAACUUGUCCGAGAUUGAACGACUCACUGAGCAACUCACCCAGGCCGAUCAACAACAACAAGAGAUCCAAGCUGAAUACGACAAACUCAAGCAAGAACACGCCAAAUUAGAACAGCAAGCCAAUGACCAAAUCACCUUCCUCAAUUCCAAAUUGGCCCAACUUGAAACACAGGAAAAGGAGAAUGUGCCAGAAGCUACACCCUCCAUCAUGGAAGAAUACAAGGCCAUGAAACUCAAACUCAACGAACUGUCAGCCAUGCUUCGUCGCGAGAAAUUUGAAAACAGGAAAAUCGCCGAGGAAUUGUCCAUACUUAAAGAACGCGUCAAUGGAUCCAGCAAAGUUGAUGUCAAGAGGCGAUCAGUGGCGUAUGGUGAAAAGACAGAUUCAGCCGGGUUGGAUGUUUUACAUCGUGAAAUUGAAGAUUUGAAAUUCAAAUUGAGUCAGGAACAAGGGAACUUCGCCCGUGCAGAGACCUAUGCUGUUGAAUUACAAAAGAAAUUGAAUAAGCUUCAAGCUACCCGAGGCCUAAACAGCGUUACCGAUUACGAAAAGAAGUAUCAAGAGUCUGAGAAACGUGCCCGCGAUCUCGAGUCGAAAAUCAAUGAAUUGGUGGUACAUUCCAACUCCCCUCCUACUUCUGCCGACAACAGUUUCACGCGAAGUGAUAGUAUCAUGAGUUUAUCCAACCACGCUCUUCGUGGUGUCAAUGCCGAUUUCGUACAGAUCUACCAAGACAUAAGCAAGACACUAAGAGCCACCCGCGAGGAGCUCAACCAUUCCAAGUCGGAAAUCCUCCGGUUAAAAUCAUUGCUUCGGGAUAGUGAAGAAGAGCUCUAUGCUGCUAAACUGAACAACUUCCGUACGUCAAUCUCCGAUUACGAAACCAAGAUUGCUAAUUUGAAUGUCAAAUAUGAGAACUUGUUGUCGAGAAAUAAAGACUUGAACGAUGGUGUGGAAUUGUAUAAAAAGCGAGCUGAGGAGUAUUUCCAGAAGUUAGAGUUGGCAGAACUGGCAGUAACGAUAUCUAAACGUCAUGAAGAAGCUUCGAGACGGGAAUUGAAUGAAGCCAAGAGCCAGUUGAUUUUGGCACGAGAGGAAUCACGCGCUUCUCAGAUGCUUCUCAAAGAGUUCCAAGGCAAAGUUGGUACUUUGGAAACAUUGGCUCAGGAGAAGAAGUUCCAAUUAGGGAAAGCCCAUGAUGAAAUUAAGAUCCUUAAGGAAAAGAUUGAUUACCACGUGAAUAAUUAUGAAAACAAGGAAGUCACGGAGCAACUCAAGGAAGAAAUCAACAACCUUCAUAAAGAGCUCAAUUUCAAGACUGAGACAGAAACAAGUUUGAUUAAGGAAAAUAAGCAGGUUCAAUUGGAUUAUGAAGAUAUGGUACGUACCAAGAAUGAAAUGGAGACUGAACUAGGUGAAGCUUUGGUCCGUGAAGACAAACUUGAAGCACAAGUGCAAACCUUGACCAACUCAGUUAGACAAUUGGAAGAUGACAAGUUUAUAAAUGAACGCAAGAUUGCCAACUUUACUAAACAAACCGCCUCACUUAAAUCCUUGAUUGAAGAAGUCACCACCCAACGUGAUUCUCUUGUUCAAGAAAAGGAAGAAUUGGGUGAUCAAGUGUACAGAUUGACUCGUGAAUUAGAUGACAAGACCGCCGAGCUUAGUCAAACUAAUGCUAAGCUUGAUUUAAUGAGGACUCAUUUGCAGAACCAACGUGACGACUCAGAGCAAAUCAAGACGGAAUUGAACCAAUCAAAAAUCAGUUCUACUUCUGAAUACAUGGAUCAACAGAGGUUACGUAAGGAAUUGCUUGUUACUAAUGAGGAAAACUUGUCACUCAAAAAGGCCAACUCUGAAUUGAAUAGUAAAGUGUCCGAUCUCCAGCAAAAAUUAUACAGCAAUGAACAACUUCAAUUCUGGGAGACCAAAGUUAAGGAUUUAUCAUCACAACUUGACACUGCCAUUUCUGAAGGUCAUGAAGCCAACAAGAUCAUCAAGAGUCUUGAACGAAACGUGAAGCAACUUGAAAUCAGAGUGGAACAUGAAACGCAAUUGACUAAGCGAUACAAUGAUGAAAACUUUGAUUAUCAAAACAAGGUCAAUCAUUACAAGAGCACCAUCGAGAUUUUACAUCAAGAGAAUAUUGACAAGGACUUGGCAUUAAAGACUAGUGAACGAGCCAAUAGUGAAAUGAGAGGGGAGUUAUUGCUUGCUCAAAAGGAGAUUUUGGAAUUGCGUCAAAGACUCGGUCUAUAA